AUGUUAACAUACCUUUCUGAGGACUCAACAAAAAAGUUGUUAGUUGUUCCAUUUGAACAAUUUGGUUGUUUAGCCAAUCCCGCCUGCAUGCCAAACAAAUAUAUGAAGGUGUUGUUAUUUACUGUUAAAUGUGCAGGGAAAGGAUAUAUUUUCAAAGAUACAAGAAAAUGUGUAAAACAAGCCAAUGGAGUUCAUGUCAAACUUGAUUCGGAUGGGAAAAAGAAAUACUUGUCGUUUUUGUCAGAAGAUUACAGAGCAUCAAUUAUCAUGACUGUAUCUAUCAUUUGUCCUAAUAAUUGUAAUUUGGAAAAUGUGAUUCAGAUGCAAGAAAGUGUGUAUGUAACAGUGGUUAUGGUGGAUAAGAUUUUCACCUUUUGUAGGCGAAUCUUUGUUAAUUUGGGUCAAAAGACUGAUCAGUAUUGUCGAUGCACCCAAAAAGUGUACAAAACCAUAUGUCAAACUGGACGUACAUGUGAUACAUCCUUAAACUACACAUUAAAAGCUGGAGUUUGUGUAUAUGAUAAAUGUGGUAAUGGUAUGAUAGACAAUUACUAUGACUCCAAUGGAAAAUUCAUUAGAAAAGAAGAGUGUGAUGGAGGAGUUAACUGUAAUAUCACUUGCCAAUGUAUAGAGGGCCAUGUUCAAUCUUCGAAUGAUUUUUUGAGUUAUAAAAAAUUGAUAUCAACAUCCACAAAACACAACAACCAAUUUAUCACUUCUAUAUCACUGGAGCAAAAAGAGCACUUAGUGGGAAACAGUCAAGAUAUUACAUAA